UGUAGCAAACUCGUAGUCGGCACCGCUUUUACGGGCUGUGGUUGUAAAUAUCAAUCAUACUUGUUUUGGUUUUUAUUAUUAUUAUUUUUAAAUAGGUUAGUACGCCUUUCUUUUUGUUUUCUGACUACACGUUACACUAGAUGUUUUUGCAUUGACGAAUAUUUUUUGUUUUUUCACAUAUUAUCAAUUGCCUCGGACUUUUGUUGCUUUUCGGAACGACUGUAUUUCAAUGGCGACGCCAAAAACAUCCGCUGUUGUUGUCGAGCCCGUGCAAAAGGAGUCGAAUCCAUUUUCUCAUGAACCUGCGGGUGACUGUCAGUUAUUGCCCUCCUACAACGAAUACCCUGCACGCCGGGCAUGCAUGAACCCACCAAGUGACCAUCAAGAUCCCUAUCGACCUCCAUCACCCAGCAAAGGCUACCCAGAGAACAACAGUGCAGCCAUCCUGUCAGCUUUGAGACAUCUCCAGGAGAAGAUACGGAGGUUGGAACUGGAGAAUAAACUUGCCGAAAGGAGAGACGCUCAGAGUCCACACGUCAUGCGGAUAAUGCAGAGGAACUCGACCAGCCAGACAGACGAAGGGAGAGUGAUGGGCAAUCAGUCAAACUGCAACCAAGCUGUAGUCACCCAACUUGCAGCUACGGAAUCUCGCUGCGCCAACCUGGAGCGCCAGCUGGAUCACAUGAGAAAGCUGUUGGACAAUGCCCGGGGAGAGAAAAGCCUGCUCAAGCAGCAAGUGACGAUGGGAGCGUCGAGGUCCCCGCACGAACAAGUCAACACAGCAUCUGCACAUGCCCAUCUUCAGAAAAUAUUGCGACUGGAGCAAGAAUAUCUGAGGCUGACGCGUACUCAAGCCGAAGCUGAGGUGAAGAUUCACGAGCUGGAGCUGAAACUGCAGGAGGAGGAGCACCAGAGGAAGCUGGUCCAGGACAAAGCCAAGCAGCUGCAGUCGCGUUUUGAGGCCAAUAGAAUCUUGCUGGGUUCAGGCACUCUGCCACGGUGGAGCAGCACACACCCCGUAGAGCGGAAGGGCCUUUUGAAGGUGAAGCGGCCUUCCUACUUUGAACCUCACUACAGACUGAACCUCAGGGAUGUCCCAUUUGUGGCUGGAACGUCGGUAGGCGGCAGCCACUCAGUCCGAGCCAACGUGCAGUCGGUUUUGUCCCUACUAAAGCACCACCAACCUCAACUGUGCAACAGCCGCGUUCUCGGCGUCCGUUCGCGGACAACUAACCGUCGCCAUUCCGACACUUCUUCUGCGUCUUCCAGCAGUGGGGAUCUGACAGAGCUUCUGCAGAUGCUGCAGGAUGAACUGAGGGUGAUGAGCUUAGAACAGGAUGAGCUGAUGCAUCAGCUAGACCGCAGCGUUCCUCUGCAAGAAAGAAAGCAGCUGGAACGCGAGCAGGAGACGCUGCUCCUCAAAAUGGAGCGCAAAGGCGAACAGAUCGCAAAGAUCUACAAGCACAAAUUACAGAUGAAAAAAUUCAGAAAGGAGACUUGCAGGAAUCAACCCAAAGCGAGAGCACCCAAACCAGGAGAGAAAAGCAAGUACAAUCUCAGGCUGCUCAAGGACAUGAAAGCCUUGCAAACAUCUUUAAGCACUUGACACAUAUCCCGUUCGUCCCACUUAAACUCAAAUCACACUUCAAAUGCAUAUUAACUACAUAAUUCGGCUCAAUGCUUGCUACCAGCAAUGUACAGUGGACUUUUUGUAUUAUCCACUGUGGCACUUACCUCAACUUGUAGUCGGUAUCCUGCACUCAAAUACUGUAUGUCCAACAACUUAAGAAAAACUAUGGUGUUGAAUUUUUUCUGUUGUGUUUUAAAACCACUCCCGUUUGGAUUGAUGUCAUUUUAUUUUUCCAAUAAACAAAAUGUU